GCAGCAGCGUCCGAGCAGAAUACGGGAUUGUUAGAGAGAAGAAUACGGGAUUGGAAUAUUAUAAACAUUGCUUUAAUUAGAACUUUCAACGAAAAGGUUUCAAGAGACUUUAUGACACUAAUUGGUCUGAAUGUGACUUCUCGGGACUUUAUCAUUGUGUAAUUAUUUAAAGGAUGUAUUAUUGCUAACGCUUCAGAAGAGGAACCGGCACAAAUUUCCACAGAAAUGGGGAUUUACAAUAUUUGGAUAUUUAUAUCAAUUUUAUGUUUCGUGAAAUACUGCCAGGGAAUCCGAUGUGUGGAUACAUCCAAACCAUGCGAAAAUGGAGGAAUGUGCAUUGACUCACGGUGCAUGUGCCGGCCGGGUUAUAUCGGACCACUCUGUCAGCAUCUGGACCCUUGUCAUCGUUCCCCAUGUCUCAAUGGCGCCGCCUGCAAAAGCCAAGUCGCCAAUGGAGUCCCACAGUUCACCUGUGUGUGCCAGAGAGGAUUCAGAGGUCAAGACUGCUCUUUGAUUGAUGCCUGUGCCACCAGCCCCUGUGCCAACGGUGCCCGCUGUACCAAUUGGAAUAACCACUAUAACUGCUCCUGUCCGCCGGGUUUCCAGGGCAAGAACUGCCGCAAUGACAUUGAUGAGUGUCGCAGGCUGGGGAAGUGUUUGAACGGAGGCAUCUGCACAAACACACACGGCUCAUUCCGCUGCGAUUGCCCCGCCGGGUACAGCGGGCGAACGUGCGAGGUGCCUGUGCUGCCCUGUGCCCCGUCCCAGUGUCUUAACGGGGGCACAUGCCACCAGACUGGCGACCACACCUACGAAUGUGCCUGUUUACCAGGUUUUCAGGGACUCAACUGCGAGAAUAAUGUGGAUGAUUGCCCCGGACACAAGUGUAUGAACGGAGGUACCUGUGUGGAUGGUGUAAACACUUACAACUGUCAGUGCCCACCCGAAUGGACAGGUCAGUACUGUGCUGAGGAUGUGAAUGAGUGUCUCAUGCAGCCUAAUGCCUGUCACAAUGGAGGCACGUGUUUCAACACUAUUGGCGGACACACCUGUGUGUGCGUCAACGGCUGGACCGGCGACGAUUGCAGCGAAAACAUCGACGACUGUGCCACCGCCGUGUGCUUCAACGGGGCCACCUGCCAUGACCGCGUGGCUUCCUUUUUCUGCGAGUGUCCAGUAGGCAAAACAGGGCUCCUCUGUCACCUCGACGACGCUUGUGUCAGUAACCCCUGUAAUGAAGGAGCCGUGUGCGACACCAACCCCCUAAACGGGCGAGCUAUCUGUACGUGCCCUGCUGGCUUUAUCGGGGGAGCCUGCAACCAAGACCUGGAUGAGUGUUCCAUUGGUGCCAACCCCUGUGAGCAUUUUGGGAAGUGUAUAAACACAGAGGGCUCAUUCCAGUGCCAGUGUGGGCGGGGCUACACCGGGCCUCGCUGCGAGAUUGACAUCAACGAGUGUCUGUCCAUGCCUUGCCAGAAUGAUGCCACCUGCUUGGAUCGCAUUGGAGAGUUCACCUGUAUCUGCAUGCCUGGUUACAUGGGGACAUACUGCGAGGUGGACGUGGACGAAUGUGAGAGUAAUCCCUGUGUGAACGACGGUAUCUGCAGAGACAUGGUCAAUGGCUUCACCUGCACCUGUCAGCCAGGGUUUACUGGCACCAUGUGUCAGAUCGACAUUGAUGAGUGCGCCAGCACGCCCUGUCAGAACGGAGCCAAGUGUUUCGACCGCCCCAACGGCUACGAGUGUCGCUGUGCUGAAGGGUUCGAGGGCACUCUGUGCGAGAGCAACAUCGAUAACUGCCAGCCUGACCCGUGCCACCAUGGCACCUGCAUAGAUGGCAUCGCUAGCUACUCCUGUAACUGCGAGCCUGGCUACACAGGGUACCGCUGUGAGAAUCAGCUCAACGAGUGCCACAGCAACCCGUGCCAGAACGGUGGAAAGUGUGUGGACCUGGUAAACAAGUAUAUCUGCCAGUGUCAGCACGGCACAUCAGGUACCAACUGUGAAAUCAACUACGACGAUUGCGCCAGUAGCCCCUGCGACUACGGCAUCUGCAAAGACGGCAUAAACCGUUAUGACUGCGUCUGCAAACCAGGCUUCACUGGUCCCUUGUGUAACAUAGAAAUUGACGAGUGUUCGUCAAGCCCGUGCCGUAACGGAGGCACCUGUGUGGAUGAGGAGAACGGAUUCCACUGCCUGUGUCCGGAGGGUUACCAUGAGCCUUUCUGUCAUUCCCAGCAGGAUGAGUGUGGCAGCAGCCCGUGCGUGCACGGAGUCUGCAGAGAAGAUCCCAACGGGUAUCGCUGUGACUGUGAGCCUGGCUGGGUGGGAAAGUAUUGUGACAUGGAUCGUAACGACUGCCUUCCGAGCCCGUGUCAAAACGCAGGCACUUGCAUUGACCAGCUCAACGGCUUCACCUGCAAAUGCCGCCAAGGCUACAAAGGAAAUCUGUGUCAGAUCAACAUUAACGAAUGUGCGUCCAGUCCGUGUCUGAACCAGGGCACCUGCGUGGAUGGUGUGGCCAGUUUCACCUGCCUGUGUGAGCCACCCUACAGCGGGCCCACCUGUGCAGAGGUGCUCACCCCCUGCUCUCCAAACCCCUGUGCCAACCACGCAUCCUGCACACACAAACCAGACUACAUGGGCUUCCAGUGUAACUGCCAACCCGGAUGGCAAGGUCAGCUGUGUAAUGUGGACAUAAAUGAAUGCACAUCAAACCCCUGUAAGAACCGCGGCACCUGCACUAACACACUCGGCGGUUAUGUGUGCUCCUGCCGAGCCGGAUACACUGGGCCCAACUGUGAGACAGACAUUGACGAUUGUACACCAAAUCCCUGUCUCAGCGGAGGCUCGUGCACGGACGGCGUAAACUCUUUCCGCUGCAGCUGCCUGCCUGGUUUCACUGGACCACGAUGCGCCAUAGAGGUGAAUGAGUGUCAGAGUUCUCCCUGCAGGAACGGUGGCACCUGCACUGACUACGUGAAUAGCUACACCUGCACCUGCAAGCCCGGUUUCACCGGCAUCCACUGCGAAACUAACAUACCGGACUGUACUGAAAGCUCCUGUUUCAACGGAGGCACCUGCACCGACAAGAUCAACGGUUACUCCUGCACCUGCCGGCCCGGAUUCACCGGCUCUCACUGUCAGUAUGAGGUCAACGAGUGUGACUCCCAACCCUGCCUGAACGGAGGAGUGUGUCAGGACGCCCUGGAGUCCUUCCGCUGCUCCUGCCCUAAGGGCUAUAACGGUCCCCGCUGCCAGAUUGCAGUGGAUUGGUGCCGUCGCUCCUCUCCCUGCCAGAACGGAGGCCGCUGCAGACAGAAAGAUGCCUCUUUCACUUGUGAAUGCGUGGGCGGCUGGUCCGGACGCUACUGUGACAUUCCCGGCGUAUCUUGCGAAGUGGCCGCUAUGCAGAGAGGUCUUCAGACAGAUGAGCUUUGUCACCAUGGCGGUCACUGUGUGAACACAGGAAACACGCACUAUUGCAAAUGUCCCGCAGAUUACACAGGCAGCUACUGUGAGAGUCAGGUGGACCACUGUGAGGAUAAACCCUGCCUCAACGGCGCCACCUGCAGGGGUUAUGUGGGAGGAUACACUUGUGAUUGUAUGCCAGGUUAUGAAGGAGACAACUGCCAGCUGGAAAUAAACGAGUGCCGAUCUCACCCGUGCCAGAACGGUGGCACUUGCAUUGACCUGGUCGGACACUACAUUUGCUCGUGCCCACCUGGCACUUUGGGUGUCCUUUGUGAAAUCAAUGAGGAUGACUGCGCAGCACCCUCCAGGCACAGAGGCGCCCCUAAAUGCCUGAAUAAUGGCACAUGUGUGGACCGAGUGGGAGGUUACAGGUGUAACUGUCCCCCAGGCUUCACCGGCGAGCGCUGUGAGGGGGACAUCAACGAAUGUCACUCCAAUCCGUGCACUCCAACCAACAGCUUAGACUGUAUCCAGUUGCCCAACGACUACCAGUGUGUCUGCAGGCCUGGCUUCACUGGUCGAAGAUGCCAGAAUAGGUUCAGCGUGUGUGAAUCUCAGCCCUGUAAAAACGGAGGAGCAUGUUCCGUGUCCAGUAGUUCGCCUUUGGGAUACACUUGUACCUGUCAGCUGGGCUAUGCUGGGCCUAACUGUGAACGCAGUAUGUCAUGUCGAGAGCUGUCCUGCUACAACGGGGGUAGCUGCGCCUUAACCACCCGCGGCGCUCGCUGCACCUGUCUCCCGGGCUUCGCCGGGCCUCAGUGCCAGCACCGCAGCAACGGGGGCUGUUCUUCUCAGCCCUGCCGCAACGGAGGCAUUUGCACCGAAGAGACCACCUUCCCUUACUUCCACUGCCAGUGUGUCAACGACUGGACGGGCAAGUGGUGCGACCAGAAAGCCAUGCUUCUCACGCCUCCGACUCCGGCCUGCCCCCUGCCGGACUGCCACGGCAAGGCCAACGACGGCGUGUGCGACAAAGAGUGCAACACCUUCCCCUGUCGCUGGGACGGCGGGGACUGCUCGCUCGCCGUCAACCCGUGGGCUCACUGCACAGACCCGCGUUGCUGGCGCGUCUUCAACAACAGUCAGUGCGACGAGUCCUGCAACAACGCUGAAUGUCUGUAUGACAACUUUGACUGCAGGAACAAGGAGAAGGUUUGCAACCCCAUUUAUGAGACUUACUGCAUGGACCAUUAUGCGGACGGGCGAUGCGACCAGGGCUGCAACACAGAGGAGUGUGGCUGGGAUGGGUUGGACUGCGCUGGGAAGGUUCCAGAAGACCUGGCUGAUGGUGUUUUGGUCAUUGUGGUACUCCUACCACCGGAAGAGCUACUGCGGACCGGGACGGCUUUCCUUCAGAAGCUGAGUGCCAUCCUCCGCACCACCCUGCGUUUCCGGCUCGACAAAAACGGAGAGGCUAUGAUUCGGCCGUACACCCGCCGCGAGGCACGUCUCAAACGCGAGCUCCAGCCGCACCAAGAAGUCAUUGGGUCUAUUGUGUAUCUGGAGAUCGAUAACAGGUUGUGCUCCCUCGGACCGGAUGGGUGUUUUCCCACUGCAGAGAGUGCGGCUGAUUACCUGGGGGCUCUUAAUGCUGUGGAGAUGCUACGUUUCCCAUACCCCAUCAAAGAAGUUCGCAGUGAGAAGAUCCCAGGCUCCCCUGGCUUGGAUGAAUGGGGGAAACUGCUGCUGGUUGGGGUGGCAGCCGUGUUUAUACUGGCUAUACUGGUGAUAGGCAUGCUGAUCGCAAGACGCAAGCGCGAGCACAGCACACUCUGGUUCCCGGAGGGCUUUUUCCUGAAGAAGGAGACAAGCAGCAACAAGAAUCGCAGGGAGCCUGUGGGCCAGGACGCAUUGGGCAUGAAACAUAUGCCCAAAGCAGUAGAGGAGUCUCUGCUGGGUGAUCACAGUGACCAGUGGGUAGACACAGACUGCCCAGAGGCCAAGAGACUAAAGGUGGAGGAGCCUAGUAUUCUUUCAGACAGUGAAGACGCUGUCGACUGCAGGCAGUGGACCCAGCACCACCUCGCAGCGGCAGAUAUCCGCAUGCCUCCCUCCAUGGCCCUCACUCCUCCACAGGGAGAGUUUGACAGCGACUGCAUGGAUGUUAAUGUUCGUGGCCCAGACGGCUUUACCCCCUUGAUGCUGGCGUCGUUCUGUGGAGGAGGGCUCGAAUCGGAAGUUGCUGAGGAGGACGACUCUGAGGAGUCUUCGGCCAAUAUCAUAUCCGACCUCAUAUACCAGGGCGCGUCCUUGGCCGCUCAGACCGACCGCACAGGCGAGACCGCCCUGCACCUGGCUGCCCGCUACGCCCGCGCCGAUGCUGCCAAGAGGCUCCUGGACGCCGGCGCCGACGCCAACGCUCAGGACAACACAGGCCGCACACCUCUGCACGCAGCCGUCGCCGCUGACGCUCAAGGCGUCUUCCAGAUCCUGAUCAGAACUCGAGCCACAGACCUGGACGCCCGUAUGUAUGACGGAUCCACAGCUCUGAUCCUGGCAGCCCGCCUGGCAGUGGAGGGUAUGGUAGAGGAGCUAAUUACCUGCCAUGCUGAUGUCAAUGCAGUUGAUGAGAUGGGUAAAUCUGCGUUACACUGGGCAGCAGCAGUAAAUAACGUUGAAGCCACAGUUGCCUUGUUGAAGAACGGAGCCAAUAAAGAUAUGCAGGACCUCAAGGAGGAGACGCCACUCUUCUUGGCAGCCAGGGAGGGUAGCUGUGAAGCAGUCAAGGUCCUGCUGGCCCAUUUUGCCAACAGAGAAAUCACAGACCACAUGGACAGACUGCCCCGAGACAUCGCUCAGGAGAGGAUGCAUCACGACAUAGUGCAGCUGCUUGACGAGUAUAACACGGUGAGGAGCCCCCAGGGACACGCAGGGGCCGGGCACCACCUCGCGGGGGGCCACACGCUCUCCCCACUCAUGUGUCCACCGAGCAACUUCCUGCCAGGGCUGAAGAACACCCCUCAGGGCAAAAAGAGCCGCCGCCCCGGUGCCAAGGGCUCUAGUAUGGGUGGGCAACACGCCGCCAGCCUGAAAGAGUCGGCCAAGGCGCGCAAUAAGAAGCUGACAUUGGACAUGCAGAGCGCGCUGUUGGAGAGCUCUGUUACCCUGUCCCCCGUUGACUCACUGGAUUCACCUCGCGGUGGCACCAGCAACGCUGGCUAUGUCACUAACCCCACCUCUCCAGCCGCCAUGCCUUCGCCUGGCCUCUUCCACUCAUCCAUGUCAGUGCCCAGCACUCCCAUGGUGCACAGUGCCAUGUUGGAUGGUAGCGGGCCUUUCGCGGUGUCUUUGGCACAGCUGAGCGACCUGGGCGACGGAGGACUCUCCAUGCAGGGCCGUGUUUCCAUGCCAACAGCCGGGGCAGUGAGUCAGGGGCCGCACAAUUACGUGCUGAGCGCGGGCCAGAUGGGGCUCAACAUGGGCAUGGUGAGCCCGGUGAGCGUGCCUUUCGACUGGCACAGCCGCAUACCCCCCUCCUCCCAGUGCAGUCAACAGGCUGUGAACAUGGUCCACCCAGUGAGCAGCCAGGCGGGCAUGCACUCGCAGACGGCCGCUCUGCAGCAGCAGCAGAACAGCCUCCUCCUACACCAGCAGCACGUGUUUCGCAACACCCAGCCGGCCAUGCUGCAGCCCACGCCCGUCUCCAGCGCACCCUCCCUCAGCCCGGUCAAGCUGCCUUCCAUCGCCGAACAACAGCAGCAGCUCCACAGCCACAGUCUAGCCCGCAUGGGCUCCUCAACACCUCCCACCCCUCAGCAGACACAGCCUCCGCCAGCCUUCUACCAGCAGCAACAACCUCCCCAGCCUCCGCAGCCCCCGCAGGCCCAAGCGGCUCCGCCACCUGCCCAGGCUACUCCACCUCAGGCCUCUCAGGCUCCUCCACCCCAGGCCAGCAGCAGCAGCAGCAGCAGCACAGGCCUGGAAGAUUACCCUACCCCGCCUUCCCAGCACAGCUGCGUCUCUGCCAUGGAUGCCACGCCCAAGCAUUUCCAUCGCUUGCCCAGCGAGCACCCUUACCUGACCCCUUCACCAGAGUCUCCGGAGCCCUGGUCCAGCCCCUCCCCUCACUGUGUGUCUGAUUGGUCUGACUCCACCCCCAGCCCAGCAGUCACCGCUCCCACCCAAACCCAGAUUCCCCAUGUCCAGGAGUCCAAUGGGAAAAUGCAGGUGUUUGCAUGAACACCACAUCGUACCAUAGUAUUUGGGACCUGGUAAGAGUAGAGGAGUCGCCUUAUUCUAGGGCUUGUUUGUUUUUUUUUAAUUGAUCAGCCCAUUUCCAAGAUUUUAAUUGGAGUAGGAUUGACUGUUUUUGUCAAGAAGACUGUCUGCUGAAGUUGUCUGCAGAGAAAAAGUAAAGGGAAAUUUGUGUUGUCUUAAAAAGAGAAGACAAUUUAAUGAAGUAAGACAUUCUGUCACAGAUGGACUCUUUUAUUAAUUAAAAAAAGUAUAUGAAGAAGAAAAACCAGGUCUUUCAUUUCAAAGACUUGGGGAUGCUCUCCUGAAACUAACAAACUUUUUAAAAAGUAGUUAAAGAAAAAAAAAAAGCAAAAGUUGAAGGAAAUUCCAUUCUUUUUUUAUUUAUUGUUUUUUUUUUGUUGUUGUUGUUGUUGUUAUAUUCCUCCAAACUGCCAUGUGGGUGUUCUCUCCCUCUUUCUGUCUGGAUUUCUCACCCUUUCCCACAUACUUUCACGUUAUUUUCCCAUUUCCUGUUACAUGAGAUAUCCGAGCUCUCCUGAGGCCAGUGUAUGUGUAUUUUUGUUACAAGGAAAGCAGCUCAUCAUGACAUUAGUUUUAUCUGUUCGUUGCCCGUCAGUCGGCACUGAAGUGUUUAACACUCCUUACACUGCCAGUCUCAGGUCACACAAACAGCAGUGUGGCCCGUCUUUUGAGUUACAGACAGAAAGAGAAGGAGGUCACGCCAUUUUUGAGUGAUAUUAUUUAUUUAGGCCAGCGUUCAAACCACAAAAUUGACAACCUACAGCUAGACUAUACAAAUUGGCCAGAAUUAGUGAUUCUGAUUUGAUGAAUAGCGUUCUGAUUUGAUGAAUUGUUCAAAAAAAAAAAGAAGAAUGAACUGACACAUUCCAUAGAAGUAUUAUUCAUAAGAAUGUAGAGGGGCAUCUUUGAAGCACUUCUUGAGGCAUGUAUUUGGGCCAUUAUUAGGGGGCAAUCCGAUAGCCAGAGGUCAGAAAUGGUAUAUCGGAGACAGUGCUAUCUGUCUUCAGCCUUAUUUUACCGGAGGCUUCUGAACUCCCACCUACAUAAGCCUUACAGAGUUUAUAACAUUUACAUUUUGCCUUAGAUUUUCUUUUUGUUUUUUUUCAGCAUGUUUUGAAGGUAUUAUCUUGCCAACCACUAUACCUGCCAGUUGCUACCUGUUAAUUCUUUGGGGUUAUAUUAAUUUCUUUUGUUUACUUUUUUGAGUUUUUUUUGUUUUUUAUUUGUUUCAUGGUCACCUUUUGUACACACCAUGAUGUGAUAUUGACUGCUGCUCUACAUCAUUCCCAAGUGGCAUUUGUUUCUCUUCUACAAACAUUCCCUCUUGCUUCCCAACAACUUGUUAGUGUGGAGCUUUAGAUUGCUGCUGAGUUUCUGUCUUUUGAUAAAUCUCCUUUGGAUAGUUGACAGCUUUCAACUGAUACUUGACCAGAAGAAAGUCCUUCCCCCAUGUUCCAGCUUUGUUCGUCGACCCCUGGUCCUGUUGCGGUUAAGGCUGUGCAGUACACUUCCUUUAACUGGGUCCUGUGGUCAAAGAGGUUUGUUCCUCUGUGGUUUAAUUACGACCUGGAGAGAGGUCCCUGUAGUGUUAACGGGGAGUUGAGAUCAGCCCAUGUAUUGGGUGCAUUGGCUGGAGAGGUAACCACGGAACUGCUAGUGCUCUGUCACUCCUCAGGGAGGUGUUAUAUAGCAUGCAGCGAAAGCGUUCCCCUGCAUCUUUAGCAGUUCCCACCUCCCCAGCCAGGAAGAUGAGAUCCAUCGCAUCAGGUGAAAACGCACAAGUAUGGCAAACACUGCUAUGUAGUGUUGCCCUCACCAAGCGUUUUGCAACAUAAACAGAUCCUCGUCACUCCCACCAAAUCCCAAACUCAUUUAUGUACCAGACCCUCUGUGCAUGGGGCUUUGGUCACAGAGAGUAUCAUUUCAAAGCGAAUGAUACGGUUUAGGAUUGGACAGAUCUCUUACAUAUAGACCAAGCCCGGUCAUAACCGUCUAAUUUCUAUUUCUAAUUUCCAAACAUUUUCGUGCUGCCAUUUCCAUAGCAGAACAUACUGCCCCAUAGAAAUCUGACUCACACCUCUCGCUGCUUAUCAAACAAAGGACCCUGAGCACCAGACUAACCAAUUAAAGCAAAAUAUCACCUUCAGUGCAGUUCAGGUACCUGUAAAAAUGUAGCCCUGGUCAUGUGUUACAGUCCUCCGUAUGUGUGAAUUGUUUCAGUCUCAUACAUAAAAUUAAAAAAAAAAAAAAAUCUACUGAGGGGGAUGUAGGGCUUGGUAAAGGUGUUUUACCCACAUAUUCAGGGUUCAGUAUUUUCUUCUGUAGAAGUGCAA